AAUAAUCAGUUUGGCAACACUGCAUAUACUGAACAUGGGGAGUGAAGCGUUGGAGUAAUGUCGGAUAUGUGUUGUCGUUAGAUUCUGUUGUGUUCCUGACACCAGGGCCAGUUCGUUUUAUUCUCCUUGGUGAUAUUUUUACGACAUGGGAAGAUCGAGAACACGAAGCAAAUCACCGAAAAGGCGGCACAAAAGUAAACACUCUCGGAAAAGAUCGAAGUCUCGUGACAGAAGCUCACACAGCAAACACAGUGAAAAGACAAGGGAAAGGAGCAACAAAUCAAGGAAAAGGUCACAUUCUGGAUCAUCAAGCUGUAGUUCAGAUGCUUCAGACGACGUACCAAGAACUGGUGGGCACUCUAGGAAAAGAAGUUACCAUGAUCGGAAAAUGGAUGAAGUUGAAAGACUGGCGGAGAUGGAAAGACAGAGGAGACAAAGGGAGCUAGAACAAAAGAUGGUGGAGGAAGAAACUGCAAAACGAAUUGAAGAGCAAGUGAAGAAGAGGGUUGAGGAGGAAUUGGAAAAACGAAAAGAGGAAAUUGAGGCAGAAGUACUCAGGAGGGUUGAGGAAGCUAAGAAAAUAAUGGAAAAGCAAAUGAUGGAAGAAAUGGAAAGACGGCGAGAACUACAGUUGGAAGAGGAAAGGAGGAGAGAGGCUGAAGAAAGAAGGAAGCGUGAGGAGUUAGAACAGAUUAUGGCAGAAAAUAAUCGUAAGAUUGAGGAAGCCCAGAAGAAACUGGCAGAAGAGCGCUUGGCUAUGGUUGAGGAACAGAGAAAGAUGGAAGAGGAACGCCAAAGGCUGAGAAAGAGCAAGAAAAAACGAAUUAAGGAAGAGCAGAAGAUUUUGGGAAAGAACAAUUCACGACCCAAGUUGUCCUUUACAUUGAAGCCAGCUGUAUCGUGAACAGGUCCAACAAGUCCAUCGUGUUUGUGUGUGUGUAAUCAUAUUUCAAAAGAAAUGUGUGUUUGCAUGAUCGAGGAUUUCAUUUUUUCACUCCAUGUGGGUGUUCAAUGAGAACAGGGAGUUGACUCGGGACUUAAAUGUUCAGUUUUCAGGUAAUAAUGAGAUAUUCUUAUUUUACCCUGUACGUGAAGUUUUUCAGACUGUUUUACCCGGCGAUAUAAUUUAAACAUCAAGCUGUAAAAAUUUAAAAGAAAUAUAUUUGCUGUGGCAUUAGUGCUGUUGAAUCAGGAGUGGAAACUAUUCAUCUAUGCUAAAGAGCAUGAAUGCAAGCCCCUGAAAGACACAAAAUGACAAAAGUUGCUGCCUGGAAAUUUUGUACAGUUCUUGUCUGAUAUGCAUAUGACAAUUUUAGAUUUUUUUUGCAGCAUUGCGGUAUAGUCUUUUGUAAUCUUGAAAGGGUAAUGUCUGUACAGUAACAAGAUAUUGUGUAGCUUUCCGAUUGUUAUUCAGUAUAACCAAACUAGUAAUGCCUUUCAGUUCCGCUGUGUAUUUUCAUUUACUAUUUCCAUAAAAAUUCAUUAAUUUUACAGCUCUUGAGAUUAUCUUUUGUAGCAAAUACUGAUUUUUGCCAUAACUAUUACUGAAUUUUUUUUCGUUUUAUGGGAAUGUAUCUAAAGGAUACCAUAUUGAAAUAAUUGUAACAUGAUAAAAAAAAAUUAACAGAAUUGGGCAGAUUCACACUUGACACCUCUCUCUCUCUCUCUCUCUCUCUCUCUCUCUCUCUCUCUGUGUGUGUGUGUGUGUGUGUGUGUGUGUGUGUGUGUGUGUGUGAGAUUGUGUUGUAAGAAUGAAAUGUGCCGUUUUAUCAUUAAUAUUUCAGGUGAAGUGUUGGUUAUUGAUCUUAGGGUAUGGGUGUUUUUUUGGCUUAUUUACUCAUGGCACUUACAGUAAUUAUAUUACCGCAGGAUGAGUAUUGGUCAAGAUUGUUUUUUAGUGUGAAGAACCAUACUGCCACAUUGCUUCUGCAGUUAUAUCUUUCAAUGAGCUAUCCUUCACAUAUUGCCUGUACAGUUGUGUGUUUCCAUGAGCCAUCCUUCAAGCAGGAGUUACCUUUCUGAAGGACAUAUCUGAGGCCUUUUGAAAUUGUUAACAAUUUAGCCAUUGACGGACUUUCAUGUUAUAUCACGUUCCCAGCCUUCAAUGUGGGGCUUGUAUUGAAUUCACCUGAGCGCAUAUUUGCUCAACAUUUGAGAUGGUAUUAAUUGUGUCCUGCCUUUGUUAAAAGGUGUAAUUAAUAAUUUUGCAUUACUGUGGUGAUAUUUAUCACUUCUAAAGAAUGCUAUUGAGAAAGUAACAAUUUUUUGUCAUUGUGCCAUAAAAGGAAUUACACACACAAAGUGCCACCUCUUGUUGUGCAGGCCAGUAGCAAAGCAGAAAACUGCUUAACUUUCAAUUUUUUCUAACCUGGGUAUUUUGCUGUCAAAGAUGUGGUUGAUUUACUAGUGAUUAUUGCUACAUUACUAUUUGCACAUGACACAUUUGUCCCCCUUCAUUUUAUGUAGCGAAAUAUUUGAAACUGGCUCCAUUUUUGUUAUUGCAUUAGGGUUAUUUUAUAAUUAACUGAGAAAUAUUCAGAGGAAUGUUUGUAGAAUCAUCCACAUACUCAGAUUGAGAGCGGGUAUUUGUUAUUUGUACUACUAGGUAAAACCUCUUCAAAAGUUCUUGAAAUAUGCGUUCCAAUAAGUUGGUCUAUAGUAAAAUAUUUGUUUUUGUCUUAGGUAUCCAUUCUUAUUUUUGCUUUGUUAAAUAUUUGAAUAUUUCUUGGUUAAAAGAAAGGGACAAGAUAAAAUGUCAGCUGUGCUUUGCCAAAUCUUGUCUCUUUGGCAACAGUAUGCCUACAGACUUCACCUCCAUCCUUUGCUUUUCCUUUCCUUCAGUCUCCCCCCCCCCCCCCCCCCCCCACACUUUCCCUCUUCCCUUCUGACCCCUUGCUCUCUCCUAAUCAAGUUUGAGAAUGGUGUGCAUUUUUCAGAGAUCAGAGUUAGUUUCUAAAUGUUGUAGUUACUCAUUUUGUACUAUUUCUGUCUCUGAAACAUAGUAAUAUGUCACAUUUUGAUAAAAUUUUUCUUUGAAUCUAAAGUUCAACAGUAUCAAGUGCAACAGUUAAAAACAAAAUCAAACGUUUCGUAAAUUCCCUCUUACUCAGCACAGGCAAAUUGAAAACAUUGCCCUAUCAAUGCUCUUUCCAUCAACAGACCGCCUUCCUCAGGUGAUGACAUUUCUGUAACAUGACAGAUAUUAAUUUAUUUUGUUUUCGUCAUGUUGUCUAUCCCAAUAUUUCUUUCAUCAGUAGUUCUUUGUAAUAUUGUUAUUUUGCUCAAGGACUGCCUCGUGUGGAACAUUCUAUUUACUUUUUGUGAAAUAAUAUAUAAUAUCGUACUUUUUUGUGGAAUUGAAGACAGCUUUGAAAUGAGGAAGACAGGAGAAAUACAGUUGUCCCUGUAAUUAAUCAUUAAUGUAAAAAUUGUGAGGAAGGUAUGGCUGUGAUAUUUUUCAUAUAUGACCUAUCAAGGAAAAAAAAGGGGAAAUGUAAAAAUGUAGUUAUUUAUA